UGUAUACUUUAUAAAUAUUUGCAAUAGUUAAAAGAUGUUUAUAUAAAUUUUAAUGAAAAUCGACCGGGUACAAAAAAAUUGGCUUCUCACAAAAUGCUGAUGGAACAAUCAUAAUUCACUCAUCUUUAAACAAUAAACUUAUCGUGAGAACAUGCCAUUACAAACAAGGAUUGUGGAGCCAGUACGCAUAAGCCGUUUCACAGUCAAUGAGAGUUCUGGAAAAACAAGUUCACCAGUUGAUCAUUUGGAGUCCGUCACAAACGGCACUUGUGCCAAUAUAAUAUAUCAGUUGUCAAGCCUAUCGAAACACGCUGAAAAUCUGUUUGGUGAACUUAUACACGAAUCACAUUCCCUUGUAGCGCGUGUCGGCGCGUUGAAAAUCCGGUCAAAUAGGCUGUCCACCAGCAUAAGACUAUUAGAUAUUAUUGACGAAGAAGUAUCGUUGAUAAACACGAAAAAGGUUUUUAAAAGUACCAUUGUUUAUGAUCAGCAAAUUUUUUCAAGAAAUAGUAUGCCUUCGUCACUGCGUGAAAUGUAUAACCGGUGCGACGAAUCCCCUCCUCUUUAUAAGUUCAAUCUUUUUCGGAAUGAUGGAAAAGACUGUAUGAAGUUUUACACGGAUAUAAAUUACUAUUUUAACUUUUGGAGAUCCGAUACUUUAAAAGCCUCAGAAAAGAUUUUACACGACUGUGAAAAAAAUCAUUGUAGACUAAAAUCAGGAUUAUCAGAAAGCAGUAGUAGAUGUAAUGAAAAUAUAAUUAAUCAAACAAAUAAUUUAAAAGAACCUUACGGACAAUUGUUUACUCAGCAUAGAAAGUUUAUUACACAUCAAAACAAUUUUCAUAAUGACGAAGCAACUUAUCAGGUAAAUAGUAUCGAAUCGCAUUGGUCUUCUUGUAAAUCACUACUUAAUAUUCAUCAUACUGUAAAUACCAUGAUCGAUGGACAUACUAGUAAAACUCUCUCGAUGAAGAAUAUUCUAAGCAAUAAUUACACCGAACCGUAUGAUAAUAAUUUAAUGUGUGGUAAAUCUCCACUCAUUGUUAAUAAUAAUAAAUACAAUUCUAAUACGAAGUAUAGUAGUAAUUACCAGUACGCAAUAGGUAAGACUGAAGUAUUAAAUCCAUUUGGUAAACAAAGUUGUGGAGGUAAAAUUAGACCACCCACUCCGCAAAGAAUUGAUUCACUUAAGAGAACUACAUUGUCAAUUAUAAAUCCAACUGGUGCAGGUUGCAUAUUUAAUUUCGGUCGCGAAAACUUACCUCCUCCGCCACUUCCUCCAAUUGAGGACGAUAUUUAUUUUGUCAAAACCUUACCACCACCACCACCACCACCACCACCACACAAACCACCUAUAUCUAUUAGUCCCACAUUUUCAUUAGAAAGUAUACCACCUCCUCCACCAUUACUUCCAAUGCUUAAUGAACUGGAAAAAUUUGUUGAUAAAGAAUUAAAUGCACAUUAAAAACAAAACUUUUCUUCUGUAGUUCAAUCCAAUCCAGUUGAUUUCAAUAUAAAUAAGAAUAAAUGUAGAAAAACUCCUGAUGUAAACUAUGUUGCUCAUUAUAGCAUUCACAAUGAUAUCCUUAGUCCUAUUAAAGCUGGUGAGAAAUAUGAUGCAUACAUACAUAUAUACAUAUGUACAUAGAAAUCAUAGACGUGUCUAAGGUGGCAGUCCGGGGUGCUUGUGAGGCCACUAGUGUUUUUGAAAAGCACGAACCUAAAAGGUCAACCUAACUUUAGGGCAAGAAUGCAAAAUGGAUUAUGACCAGAGCUGUAAUUCACAGCCUGUGAAUGCACUAAUAGGUUAUAAACUAUGCACUAAAUACUGACGAAAUUUGAGUUGAAAUAUGCUCUUAAGAAUCAACAUUUUUUAAUUACAAUUUAUACCCUAUUAUUAGACUAUGACUUAUAAUUUCGAAAAAGUACCAGUUCAUUGAGGUAGAGCUAGUUAAUUUAUCUAGGCUGUCGCUACGGAUCAUGUCUAGUCACGCUAGGAAUACAUAUGCAAAUGUAAUGAAAUUCCUCAUUUCGUGAAAAGUUAUCCACUUGGU